GACGCGAAGCGACACGCGCGCAUCACAGUCCGACGGGACGUGGUGAUGGUAACCGUUUGUCCUCGCGCGUUAAACGAUCUGGAUCUGGAAGAGUUCAAGUCGAGCAGGAGGACCCGAGUCCAUCGGACGGGAAUGAAUCAGACCGAGUUGUCCUCCGAAGAGCUGCGUUCUCCCCCGCAGAGACCACAGGUUUUACCCGCAGCUUCACCAACGAGACGGUUUGUCAAGUUGGGGAAGAAGACAAGUGAUGGAUCCCAGCAAUCCACUUCAUCCACUGGCAGUUCGUCCACCAGCAGGUCUGCGGAGGCCGUAAGACAGCCCAGCAGGAGCCGCAUCCGUCGCCAAACUAACCGCCUCUCGGGCGUCUUCCUCCGCGGCCCCGCCUCCACCUCGGGCUCCAUGGCGCUGACGACGGGAAUCAGGGCCUCGCUGUCCAUACAAGCCAGGAAGGGGAGCAUGAUCCCCACGGAUGCCUUGAGAGCGGACGACCCGUCCGAGCUGUCCAAUCAGAUAACUGCCCCGGGGAUCCUGAAGAUCUUUGGAAACGAGAUCUGCGAGGGAGCUCACUAUAAGAGCGUCCUGGCCACCACGCACUCUAGUGCGAAAGAGCUAGUCAAGGAGGCCCUCGAACGGUAUGGCCUGGGCCAGGAGGAGGCAGAGUCCUAUGUUCUGUGCGACACCAUUGGCUCCACCGGAGACCACCGAUGGAGGACGGAGGGGUUCCGCGUCGUGAGCGACAACGAGCGGCCCCUCAUCCUGCAGUCGCUGUGGAAACCCAGAGAAGGCCUGGCGCGGCGGUUCGAAAUCCAGAGGAGGAGCUCGAUAGAGGAGAAGACGUCCAGAGACAAAGACACCGUCACGGCCGGUAUCAACGCCCAGGCUCGAAAGCUGCAGAAGAGCCGCUCCAGAGUGACCUCCACCCUCAUAGAGAGGACCACGGGACGAGGCCACAAACUGUGGAGGAGCAAAAGUGAGAUGGACCUCUUAGAUUCUGACACAGAAGCCAAACAGGACGGCGAUCGUGACGCAUGUCGCAAGGAUCGAAGCGAGAGUCUGAAUCAAACGUCGGCGCAGAGCUCCGAGAGCCCGGAAACAAGCCCAGAACAGAAUGUCAUUCACAGCCCGGCCGUCCCCUGCGAGAGGGACGGCGGGCCGCAGCCCAAAACAGAGGGCCUCUGUCCACCGAGGCCGAGGGCCGAGCGGGAAGGAGAGGAGUCGGAGAGGGAGGAGACGGAGAGCAGCGACGAUAACACCACACAGUACUCCAUUCACCCUCCUCACGACUGUCCGUAUCUGCUGUUGCUGCAGGGCUGCAGCCCGGCACAGGACUUUGUCAUCUACCUACUCGAUGGGCCAGACCUGGCAUUUGGUCGGCAAAGCGAUCAUGAGGACGACACGAAGCCGGACACCCUGCUCUUUGCCACCGACAUCCUUCUGAGGCACUGCCAUUUUCAUCGGCAUGGCGUCGGCGGCCCCACCGUGCUCUGCCCCUGUCCGAACGCCGCGGUCAUGAGGAAUGGCGAAGCACUCACAAAAGAAGUGCAGCUUGACCCCGGUGACGUCAUCGGGAUGGGACAGCGCUACCUGUUUCUGUUCAAGGAUCCCUUCGCCUCGGCACACAAAAAGAAGGAAGAGGACAAUGCUGCUCCUGAGCCUGGCAUGACUGUUGUUCCCUGGACGAUGGGUCACACCACUACAACGAGCCAUACCAGAAAAACAGUCUUCUGCGACACCUGCAUGACAACCUCCGCCGACCUCCAGAGCCCUCGGAACCGACGCCUACCCUUUGUAAAAUCCCCCGAAAGCCACAGCACGACUCUGGAGUACGAGAGCGAGGACCAGGAGCGCGUUGUCAAGGAGAUAGUGGCUCUGGGACGGACCAGCGUCAAAGACGGACCUCCGCUGACCUUUGCCUUUUUGCUGUGUCUUUGCGUGCAGUAUUCGUCCACAUGUCUUCACACAUCAGACCUGCGCCGGCUGCUGCUGCUUAUUGCGAGCGCAGUACAGAGUGCCAUGUGGGAGCACACUAAGGACCUGGCUGCAGUCCAACCUGAAGUUCUCAGCCGUGAAGGCUCAAACCCGGAGGACCUUCAGGCUCUCGGCCAGCCCGAGGCGAUCUCAGGAUUGCGCCCCCUGGCGGUGUGGAUGUCCAACAGUCUGGAGCUUUUGCAGUUCAUCCAGUACCAGCUGCCUCUUAUUUUGGAGUGGAGAACCCGAAAAGAGCAAGAACAGGAAGAUGAUGAAGGAGGAACGGACGAUGACGAGAGCAAGGAGGUGGAGAACUUGGCCCUGUUGGCGCUAUGUCUGUCCGGUGUCCGUACAGCCAGCGAGGAGACGGUAGCUGUCCUGGAGGAGGUCAUCAUGCUCGCCUUCCAGCAGUGUGUGUACUACAUCACCAAGUUCCUCUACCCCAUCCUGCCGGCCCUCCUGGAUUGCAACCCGUUCAGGGAGAGUGCUCGGGUCCCGGGUAGCGGCGGACUGCAGGUCCCCGGUGAGAUCCAGCAUCUCGCGGAUGUUCUGACCGAGACAUGGCGGCUGCUGCGUGACUGUCAGCUCCACCCGGAGAUUUCCUCGCAGCUCGUUGGCUACCUCUUCUACUUCAUCAACGCGUCGCUCUUCAACUCGCUCAUGGAGAGAGGCUCCGAGCCAGGUUUCUACCAGUGGGCCAGAGGCAUACGCAUGCGGGCCAAUCUUGACCUGCUCCUGGACUGGGCUCACGCAGCUGGACUGGGAGAACUGGCCUUGGAGCACACACACACGCUCUCCUCAGCUAUCAAUCUGCUGGCUACACCUAGAAAGAAUUUACUGCAGACAUCUUGGGUGUCCUUGCGGUCUGACUACCCUGCCCUGAGUCCGGCCCAGCUGAACCACCUGCUGAGCCUUUACAGCCCAACAUCUCCGUGCAGACACACCUGGAAUCCAUCUGUUCAUGACCGGGUCGCAGCACACGAAACUGCUGAUAUCUUGGAGAGUUUCGACACCCACCAUCCUCUGGUGCUGCCGGAUGAGGGUUACCAGUUCCGACUGGGCAGGCAGGUAACCGAUGCAUCCCUGAGGGAACAGCUGGACAAGCUCAAAGAGUUCAUGGCCGCUGUUUCUGACUCGCGGUCCGAUGUGGUCACAGCUACUGAGGAGCAAAAGUCUAAACUGACUGAGAUGCUGGUCCUUCCAAAGGCCAGUCUGGAAACCGAGGACACAUCGCCAGUUGAGGUGGUCUCUUUCCAGGCGGCUGUCUGUGACCGCCAGUCUCCUUCCACUACCUCUGGAGCCUUACCUCAAUCACCCCCAUGGCCUCCCUCGCCCACCUCCACCCGACAACCGGACGACUCUGCCUCCUGCGGUGUCCUCCUUUUGUCCCGCAAGCUAAGAGAUCUGGAGCGGCAGCCCAGGGAGGCCGGCGACGCAAGGAGGUCGGCUCUGGACCCCUCCUGUCUCCUCACCCCGCCCAACACCCCCCACCUCAUCAAUCCUGUUGAUAAAUGGAUGAAGGGUGACGGCGAGACACUUCCCUGGUCCUCUAGUGUGGACGCGAGUGACGAAGGCAGUUUAGUGUUUGAAUGUCUCGCUGCACUGGAAGUAGACCGUUCGAAGUCGGACUGCCCCGGCGACAAGAGGUUUUUUUUCGACUUGAAAGAAGAAGAAGAAGAAGAAGAAGAAGAAGAAGAAGAGGCAGUUGACCAUGAAGAUGACAUUAAUGAUGAGGUUUUUAGCUUGGAGCUGGAGCGAGGUGAACAAGGACUUGGUCUCGCUCUGGUUGACACAAGGGACACUUCCACGAGGGUGAAAGGCGUCUUCGUCCGUGCGGUGGUCCCGGACUCCCCCGCAGCCCGGUGUGCAAAGCUGGUACCAGGAGACAGGAUCCUGGCCGUUAACGGAGUCAGUCUGCUCGGACUGGACUACCAGAGUGGAAAGGAGCUGAUCCAGUCAUCGGGUGACAGACUGAGGUUACUGGUGGCCCGCUCUGAUUGGAUGGCCGACUGCUGACGCUGUCUUUUAAUCAAGACUGUUAAUGCACAACGAGCGCACUUACAGAUGACUUUAAGAGCGUGUUGAACAUUCAAGCCCAGAACAUGGACCUGAACAAAAUGAUAUGUGAUUGUGAAGACUUUUUUUGAAUGCACUAUACAAUGAGCUACUUCCUGGUGAAACUGAGCACCAGGGUUUCAGCUGCUCAAUGUAGUGUUUGCAGCAUUCUCAUUUACAUUGUGAUAGCGUGAUUCCAGCGAAUUUGGGUUCCAAACAUCACUGCUGCUAUUUCUGAUCCAGCUCUGAUUUUGAGCAGUAGAAGACUCCUAUGCAGGGCUGUUGUCAAGACCACCAGAAAAGAUUUCAGUUCGAGACCACGUCCAGUCGAUGUGUUCAAAAAUGUUCAACCAGCCGCCAUCAGCCCAUCAGUCAACAGUAACAAGCAGCAACUUAGGUGUAAUAUCAUGGAUUUAGAUUCAGUGUUUUUUAUCCAUCAUCUGGAUGAAGUCAUUUGACUGGUUGCUACAUGAUUUUGCUAAACGAACCAUCAAAAAACAUAUUGUCACUUAUUUUUCCCGGUUGGCUCAGAUUCACAGAAAGUGAGUCAGCCAAUUCAUUGUUUUCCUUUAUGGCAGGGUUCAUAGUUUAUUGUAAUUAUUAUGUAUCAUACCUGUUUAUAUUACCCAUGAACUUUUAAAAAAAAAAGCUGUUUUAAUAGUUAGUUAAAUACAUUUUAAUCCUCCAUUGGUGUUUCCAUUCAGUCACACUGAAGAUUAAAUGAAUUAGUUUUUAACUGGAAACAACACAGUUAUAUACAUUUAUGAUAUAGAAUAUACCAGCCCCUUCACAGGGAGGGUCGCUACAUGAUAUUAUGUGAUGUGAUAUUAUGUGACAUGAUCUUGCAGAGUUCAAAAAGCUCCAGCACUGAAUAAAAGCACUGAACCCGUAGUA